AUGAAGCUCCUGGCUCCCUCCCUCCUCUGCGCACUCCUUUGCAACGCCCCGGACCCGCUGCAUGCAGCAGCAUCAGCAGCAGCAGCAACAGCAGCAGCAACAGCAGCAGCAACAGCAGCAGCAACAGCAGCGCCAACAGCAGCAGCAGCAGCGCCAGCAGCAGGAACGCUUGUAGCCACCCCAGCUCCCCCUCUCGCUGCAGACCGCAGCAGCAGCAACAGCACCACCAGCACAAGCACCAGCAGCAGCAGCAGCAACAGCAGCAGCAGGAGCAACAGCAGCAGCAGCGGCGAAGAGAGGGCCACAGAGUCCGCAGAAGCUGCAGCAACUACCAGCAACUUGGAGCUGCCGCCGCUGAGCUCCCCGCCUGCAGCAGCAGCAGCAGCAGACGCAGCAGCAGCAGCAGCAGCAGGGUCCCCAGGAGCAGCAGCAGCAGCAGCAGCUGAAGAAACAGCAACGAGCUCGGCCUCUCCCUCGCUGCGGCGGCGCGACGGCGGGGAGCAGCAGCAGCAGCAGCAGCCCGGCGCCCCCGCUGCUCCUGCUGCUGCUGCUGCUGCUGCUGCAGUGGACCCCCCUGCGCUGUGGCAGCACUCUCUGGACUCGCUGCGCUGCGCAAAGUCGAAAGAAAAAAUAAAUUUAAAUUUUAAUUUUAAUUGCGAAGGGACAGAAGCAGCAGAAAGAGUUCGAGAUGGGUCCAAAGGGGUUUACUUUGUUGCAGUUGGAGACACAGGCCUCCUCUCCAGCGGACUCCACAAGGCGAGGGUGACUCGCCGAAUGGGGGAGUUGAGCUCUUUGCUGCCGGUCUCUUUUGUGUCUCUUUUGGGAGACAACUUUUACCCUUCAGGUGUACAGACACCUCAAGACAAAGAAUUCGAAAGUGUUUUCGAAGAGCCCUUCGGACACCCCGCACUCCGACGCGUGGCCUUUUUUCCAAUUCUGGGAAACCACGACUACCAGCUUUCGCCCGACGCCCAAGUGCAGCAUUUCUUCGCUGCUUGCCGCGGCUGCCGGGGCCCCCUGGACUUCAACUGUGGGUCAAAACUUUGCGACUUUUUCAGCAAAUGUCCGAUGGCGCUUUCCAAAUCCCUGGUACUACACUCGUCUGGUGUACAGACAGGUCCCGGUGCAUCUACAGGAGUCUCCUUUCAAAAGGGGCUCCAUAACAGUGCGUCCAAACCGAGCCGGCGCGAGGUGUACGUACACCCGAAACCAGUUCAGUGA